ACCUCACUACUUUUUCUUAGAUUUUCUUGUAUUGGUAGGAUUUUUAUCUUUUUAGUUCUUCAAGGAAUACUUUGAAAUUAUUGCAGUAGUUUUUAAAAUAGAGUAUUUAAAAAUACAUUUAAAAUAUAAUUAAAAGAAAGCAAAAAUGCCCACAAUUGGUGUUAAAAGAGAUUUGCUGUUCACAGCUCUUGGACAAACCUACACUGAUGAAGAGUUUCAGAAAGUUUGUUUCGAGUUCGGCCUUGAACUUGAUGAAGUUACUACAGAGAAGCAAAUGAUUACUAAAGAACAAGGGGAUGAUUCACAACUCUCUCAGGGUGCUUCAGAAGAUAUAAUUUACAGAAUUGACAUACCAGCUAAUAGAUAUGACUUGUUAUGUCUUGAAGGUUUGGUAUUAGGACUUAAAAUAUUUCAAGGAAAAAUAUCUCCACCUCAAUUUAAAGCUUUAAAACCUAGUGAAGGCAGUCUGGAACAGGUGAUUGUUAAGCCAGACACUAAAAAAAUUAGACCAUUUGUAGUUGCAGCUAUAUUAAGAAACAUAACUUUUACUCAAGCUUCCUACAAUAGUUUCAUUGACCUUCAAGAUAAAUUGCACCAAAAUAUUGCUAGAAAAAGAUCUCUAGUAGCUAUAGGAACUCAUGAUUAUGACACCAUUAAAGGUCCAUUUACUUAUGAUGCGAAACCUCCUAAAGAUAUUAAGUUUGUCCCACUUAACCAGAGUAAAGAAUGUACUGCCACAGAACUUAUGACGCUUUAUUCGACUCAUGCUCAGCUGAAACAAUAUUUGCACAUUAUUAAAGAUAGUCCAGUAUACCCAGUAAUUACUGACAGUAAUGGAGUGGUGCUUUCCUUGCCUCCAAUUAUUAAUGGGGACCACUCAAAAAUUACACUUAAUACCAAAAAUGUUUUUAUUGAAUGUACUGCGACUGACUUAACAAAGGCAAAGGUCGUGCUAGAUACAAUGGUUUGUAUGUUUAGUGAAUAUUGUUUGGAAAAAUACACUUGUGAAUAUGUGGAAGUAGUAUAUCCAAGUGGGGAGACACAGUUGUACCCGGAUCUUCAGUAUAGAGAAGAAAUUAUUAAAGCUGUUAAGGCUAAUAAGUUGAUUGGCAUUAGUGAAGACAGUCAAGAAAUAGCAAACCUUUUAUCAAGAAUGUGCCUAAAAUCAGAGCUCACUAGUGGCAGUGAAAUUAGGGUAACAGUACCACCUACUAGGCACGAUGUCAUCCACGCAUGUGAUAUAUAUGAAGAUGUGGCCAUCGCAUAUGGAUAUAACAAUAUCAAAAGGACAUUACCAAAGACAAAUACAAUAGGCGAGCAACUGCCUGUUAAUAAACUCUCCGACUUGCUGAGGCACCCUGUAGCUGAAGCUGGAUUUACUGAAGCGUUGACUUUCACAUUGUGUUCGCAGGAUGACAUAUCCACAAAAUUAGGAAUAGAAUCAAUUGAUAAAGUGCUAGCUGUCCACAUUUCCAAUCCGAAAACAUUGGAAUUCCAAGUUUGUCGUACAACUCUUAUACCUGGUAUUUUGAAAACGAUUGCUGCCAAUAAAAAAAUGCCUUUGCCGAUUAAAAUUUUUGAAAUAUCUGAUGUUGUUUUAAAAGAUGCUGAUGCUGAUAUUUUACGUCAUCUACACAAAAGGAAACGUCUGAGGAAACCUUGGUUCACCGAGGAGCUGACCGACUUAGUAAAAAAGAAAAAUCGACUUUAUCACGUAUAUAAAAAGUCGAAGUUAGAAACUGACGCACUCGCCUACAAGCAAAUAAGAAAUUUGGUGUCUAAAAGUGUGAAAGUAAAGAAGCGAGAGUACUACAGAAGUAUGACUGAGGCUGACUAUUUGAAAGUAGGAGCUCGAAACGAAAGACGAGUAUGCGCAGUGAACUGCAACAAAAAUGCUGGCUUUGAAGUGGUGCAUGGGUUAUUAGAUCGAAUUAUGUUGCUUCUUGAAGUUCCAUGGUCACAGAAUAGAGGAAAUGUUGGGUAUUACUUAAAAGCUGCUGAUGAUCCUACAUAUUUCCCAGGCAGAUGUGCUGAAAUAAUUUACAACGACAAUUCCAUAGGAAAAAUUGGUGUAUUACAUCCUAAUGUGCUUACAAAGUUUGAACUGACCAAUCCAUGUUCUGUUGUAGAAUUCAGUCUGGAGCCUUUUGUCUAAUUAACAAUAAUUAAUAUUGUUAUGUACAGUGUAGUAGAGCUAUAUUAACAUCCAACUAUAGACAAAAUAUAAAGCUUUAUAAAAAAUAUAAAAAACGUUUUAUCUAUGACCUAUUAAAACUCUCAAAAAGAGAAAAAUUUGAAAUUUGAAAAGACUUGUCUUUUUACGCAAAAUUAAAGCUUUUUUGUUUCGAUUAAAAAAAGAAUAUAUAAAGAAAUAUUGCAAUUUUUUAUACAACUUAAUAUUUUGUUGCCAAUCUUCAUACACAAUGGUUAAAAAUAUAUUAAUUUAUGGCAUUUAACUUUGUAUAAGAAUAAAAUGUAUAACAUGAAAUUGUUUCAAAAAGAUCUAUAUUAAAAAUAUUUGUAACUUAUACUUA